AGAUGUUUAACUGAAACUGGCAUUGCACGUAACGGUAACCGAUGCAAUGUCCCCAUGUCUUAAUUGCGGGCAAAGGUCAUCGCUUUUUAUUUGCAUAUAUGCAGCGCCACGUUCGCCGCCCUGAUUUUCUCCCUUAAUUGCUUAAUUUAAUUUACACCACACGAUGAACGUGACGGUAUCGAACGAAUCACUGGAAUUCAGCCUGGUCAACAUCAGUCUGUCGCACUCCUUCCUCCGCGCCUGGUUCGGACUGACCGUCAGCCUGAGUAUCAUCAGCAGUUUUCUCUGCAUCCUCCUCAUCGCCAGCAUCGUCCUGACGCAGCACAAAUGGCGGAAGGGAGCCACCGUCCUCAUCGUGCACCUCCUGUGCCUGGAUCUGUUCGCCUGCGCCGUGACCUUUCCCGCGGUGACCAUCGACGUCUUCCUCAUGUUCAACGGACGCGUGCUGCAUUCGCUGUGUCCACUGGACGCCUUCCUGCCCAUCGCGGUGUGGUAUACGAACUGCUGGGCGACCGCGCUGCUGGCGCUCAACCGCUUUGUCGCCAUCCUCUUCCCCAGUUUCUACCGGUACCUGACGACCCGCCGCGCCUUAAUGCUGACCAUGUUGACCAGCUGGCUGAUCGGCAGCAGCGCCUACGCCCCGGCGCUCUUCGGCGUGGGCGCCCGCUUCGUCGUCCGACCUCCGUACAAUCUGUGCACGGUGGUGCCCUUCCACGACCACGCCUGGUACGCCAUGGUCAGCGUGGGCCUGGGGGUGCCGGUGAUCCUCGAGGGCACCGCCUACCUGGUUCUCUUCAUCGUAUUAACCAGCCGCCCCGCGGGGGUCGACAGCCAGGCGGCGGGCGGGGAGCGGGCGAAGAAGCGGCUGCGGCGCAAGAUCAACGUGGCGCGCAUGCUGUGUCUGUCGUAUCUGUCCUGUCUGGUCUGUUAUGCGGUGGUGCCGCUGCUGACCGGCAUGUUCGGGGUCAACGCCGCCGGGGAGAGUAUGGAGAUUGGAUUGCUGGCCGUGACGCUGGAGCUGUUUGGCUAUAUGAUCGCGCCGAUGGUGUAUCUGGCGUUGAACGAGGAAUACCGGCGCGGUGCCCGGCGUAUUCUAUGCGGCCGAUUGCGCGGGAUGCGCGUGGCAGAUGCCGAACUCUUCACCAUCACCAACGAAAACACCGCCAAAACCCGCGUCGAUCCCGACACUUUAUAA